ACCGUCUGUAAUUAUUCAUUUAUAUCAUUCUUAACCGAAGGAGAGGACGUGUUGCUAUAUAACAUAUCAUUUAACACAAGUUACUGUUUUAGUACAAUAUUGUUUAAGUAGAUUUACAGUAACGACCUAUUAUAUUUGCUAGUGUCUGCUGAUAAACCGAAACCAUGGCUUCUCCCUUAGUUGAUGUUUACGUGAAAAUGCCAAAUGGAAGGACCUCUACAUUCGCUCUUAUGCCGACAGACAGCGCAAGCAAAAUCUACGAUAAAAUUGGCAAAGAGGAGGGCGUGUCAGGGAAGCGUAUUCGCCUGAAGUACCAGGGGAAAGUAGUGGAUAAAACAAAAACCAUCGGUUACCUUAUCAGACCGGAAACGAUUUUAAAAGGGGAGGUAGUUUUCCCAAAAACCAUGUCCAUCAUACUGAGGUUUGAAGACGGUCACACGAUUUCCAUGGAUGUUCAAAAUGUGGAUGAUGUAUCUAGCAUCAAAUCAUACAUACAUGAUGUGAAAGACCUCCCAAAGGCCAAUAUUAUUUUAAAGCUUGCCGGUCAAACCAGGGCACUCCAGAACGACAUGCUUCUGUUUGAGGUGGGAGUGAAGGAAGAAUCCAUCUUGGAAGUCAGCGGGUCUAAACCCAAACGGUCCGACACUCCCGCGGAAAGUUCCAUAAGAGAAGAGAAGCCACCUGAAGAUUUAAAGGAGGACGUUCUUUCCAGCUUUGACACAGGCGGUAAAAACGUAGAAGUGGUCUUCUGUUUCGAUACUACCGGGAGUAUGUCGUCCAAUCUCGUCACAGUGAGACAAAAUAUUAAGGACACGUGUACCCGGCUGAUCAGAGACAUCCCUAGAAUCAGGAUCGGUAUUAUGGCCCACGGUGACUACUGUGACCAGGGUAUAUACGUCAUCAAAUCUAUCGAUCUGACGUCAGAUGUGGAUCUGCUGGUCAACUUUGCCACAGACACACCCUCUACCGGUGGAGGGGACACCCCGGAGUGUUACGAGUGGGCCCUACGAAAGGCACAGGAACUGGACUGGUCUGAGGAUUCGGCCAAAGCGUUUGUGGUCAUAGGUGAUUGUGAACCGCAUCCUCCAUCGUAUACUGACCAGAACAUCAACUGGCGAGACGAAAUGGACGUCUUAAAGGGAAUGGGGGUGAAGGUUUAUGGCGUCCAUUGUGGAACCAACAGAGGCCCCGCUGAACACUUUUACGGCCUCCUGGCAGAAGAAACGGGCGGAUGUUUACUAAAGCUUGUUCACUUCAGUCUUAUCACAGAAAUGUUCUUGGCUGUAUGCUACAAAGAGGCGGCCCCAGAACAGCUGGAGGCGUACGAAGAAGAGCUGGCACAGGAAGGAAAGCUCUCGGAAGGUACGAAAGAUCUUCUUAGGCAGUUAGAUACCAAACCAACAGAGCGAGUUGAGGAAACAGACGACAAGAAGGCAGCACCUACGAAGAAGGAGAGGUAUGUGUAUGCUGCCUGGUGGGAUGUGAGUCUCGAUAAAACUACAGUUCCUAGUUAUGUAUACGACGCACAAAAAGACAGGUGGACAGAAUACAGAGAUCCGUCAACAACGUUUAAUAACAUCCUACCAACGACUCCAAAGACAGUUCUCCCUCGUCCCGUAUCCUCUACAAAAAAGAAACAGACGAAGUGCAGCAUUAUGUAAAUUAAGUGCAGCAUUAUGUAAAUAAAGACAAAAAACAUAUUGCAAAGACAUUGAAAAAUGCAUAUCUUGAUAUGUGAAGACAUGAUCGAUUGAUCUCGGAUUUCUAGAAACCCAAUCGGACAGGAACACCAAGUUGCCCUAACAAUUUAAAAGCUUAACUUGGGUGAUGGAUCAAACAUAUCACGUGACUGGAUGACAGCAACCCGAGUCAUCACCAGAAGGUCUAAUCCCGUCACGUGACAUGCAAUGCGAAACUGAUUUGUUUUUCAGGGACUUCCCGAGACCCUGCUUAGCGCUCAGCAAAUAAGGAGUGGGACGACUGGUUCGCCCGUUGUCAGUAUAAUGUGACCGGGUGGGGUGUGCUGCUGGGUGUCUUCGGCAGUAUG